AAAAGAGUUUUACAAGCUCUGUUAUCAGAACUCUUACCUUUAACCGAUCAUGAGCGAGGAUGCUAAGAGUUCCAUCAAAUUUAUAACCGUACCAGCUUUUGCUAAACCUAGAGUUAUAGAUAUCUUAUUUACUAUUGUGGCGGCAGCAAAAAAGAUGAUCAAAAUUACGUCUGUCUAGCUUUCAAUGUUCAUGACUUUUAGCCCGCCGCAUAGACAGCGGGGCCUUAGCAUUACUGUUCCGUGUUUACCCUUUAGGGACGGAACCCUAAAAAAUAAUACCAAGAAUAACCGUCACUUAUCAAUCAUGUUCAUUCCCUCGUCUGCCUAAUAGCAAAUAAACUUGAGAUUGAAUUUUAUCAGUCGAGUAUGGUGUGAAGGUUUUACUAUCAGUUAAAUUAUGAUGACCUCAAUAAUCUUUUGUAAUAUUCAGGUAUAAAUGUUCAAUUAUUACGAACAAUGGACAGUAGUUGUAAUUAAUUCAACAUGCUUCCCUUGCUUUUGUUUUUCGCGUUCGUUAGUUGUGUCGUAUCGACACCAGCGGGGAAAUCCCUAGCUGACCUCAAGAUAGUUGGUGGUGAGGACAUCGAUAUCACUGAAGCUCCUUACCAAGUGUCACUUGUGCGAAGGGGAAGGCAUGCUUGUGGUGGUGCCAUUAUUGAUGAUGAUAUUGUAUUGACUGCUGCACAUUGUGUUAGUGGAUCAUCACCUUACGAAUUCCAAGUACGAGCGGGAUCUUCAUACAGCUAUGGAGGCGGCCAUUUAUACCCCGUGGGAGACAUCCUGUGGAACCCAAACUUCAACUAUCGUAACAUGGACCAUGAUAUUGCCAUCCUCUGGAUGUCCAGACCCUUCAACUUUAGCGACAGUAUAGCGCCAGUAGAGCUUAUGAAAACUCAUGAAGAAAUUGAUGAUGGUGAUCUUACUAUGGUGACUGGAUGGGGUAAUAUUUUUGAAAAUGGCGGCUACCCGAGUACGCUCCAAAGGGUUUUUGUUCCUAAGAUGAACACGAAGGCUUGCGACGCUGCAUACAAACCCGUCUACACCAUCACAUCCAGGAUGCUCUGCGCUGGUACUGAGGAAGGUGGAAAGGAUGCUUGUCAGGGCGAUAGUGGCGGUCCGCUGGUCUACAACAAUAAACUGGCUGGCAUCGUGUCCUGGGGUCUCGGAUGUGCCAGACCCGAAUACCCGGGAGUCUACUCCAAAAUUUCGGAACUACGUCCCUGGAUCGAUCGCAACAUGUUUAACUUACGUCUAAGACAUUCAGUACGAUUUCCUUAAUAAUUUAAAUUAAUACCGAAUAAAUAUUUAAAUCUAUUUGCGAUUUUAUUUGAGAAUCAUUCCGCACCUGUUAUCUUUUAAAAUGGUAUUCUGUCAUAAAUGCAAG